GGGAGAGCUACGUGUGCUCAUCCGACAACUUCUUCAAGAAGGUAGAAUACACCAAGAACGUCAAUCCCAACUGGUCUGUCAAUGUGAAGACAUCUGCCAACCAGAAAGCACCUCAGUCUCUGGCCAGCAGCAACAGUGCCCAGGCAAAGGAGAACAAAGAUUUUGUGCGUCCCAAGCUGGUAACCAUCAUCCGCAGUGGGGUGAAGCCCCGGAAGGCAGUCCGUGUGCUCUUGAACAAGAAGACUGCCCAUUCGUUCGAGCAAGUUCUCACCGAUAUCACUGAAGCUAUAAAACUGGAGACAGGAGUCGUCAAAAAGCUGUAUACCUUGGAUGGGAAACAGGUGACCUGUCUCCACGAUUUCUUUGGGGAUGAUGAUGUGUUUAUCGCCUGCGGUCCAGAAAAAUUCCGCUACGCACAGGAUGACUUUUCUCUGGAUGAAAGCGAGUGCCGGGUGAUGAAGGGCAGCCCUGCAGCCGCCACGGGCAGUAAGUCAUCUCCCACCCCUCAGAAGAGCUCAGCAAAGAGCCCUGCCCCCAUGCGCCGGAGCAAGUCUCCAGCCGAUUCAGGUAACCAUCAAGAUGCAAAUGGGACCUCAAGCAGUCAGCUGUCUACACCCAAAUCAAAGCAGUCCCCGAUCUCCACACCCACCAGCCCAGGGAGCCUCCGUAAGCACAAGGACUUGUAUCUGCCUCUGUCUUUGGAUGACUCGGAUUCCCUUGGAGAUUCCAUGUAA